UCGGCCUGCCGUCCUGAAGGUCCGCCAUAUUGUCUGCUGAAGCUGCUCCAGUAGCCGCCGCUGCUGCUGCCGCCGUCGCCAAGUAAAAGCCAGUGGAGCCGCUAUGGAGACCAUGGCGAGCCCAGGGAAAGACAAUUAUCGAAUGAAGAGCUAUAAGAACAAUGCCCUAAACCCUGAGGAAAUGAGGCGAAGAAGAGAGGAAGAAGGCAUUCAGCUCCGGAAGCAGAAGCGGGAACAACAACUUUUUAAACGGAGAAAUGUGGAGCUGAUUAAUGAUGAAGCUGCCAUGUUCGAUAAUCUUCUCAUGGACUCUUAUGUGAGCUCUACCACUGGGGAGAGUGUGAUCACAAGAGAGAUGGUGGAGAUGCUCUUUUCUGAUGAUUCUGACUUGCAGCUAACAACUACACAGAAAUUUCGGAAACUGCUCUCCAAAGAACCUAGUCCUCCAAUAGAUGAAGUAAUCAACACUCCAGGGGUGGUAGAUCGGUUUGUGGAGUUUCUAAAGAGAAAUGAGAAUUGUACAUUGCAGUUUGAAGCUGCCUGGGCCCUAACAAACAUUGCCUCUGGAACCUCUCAGCAGACCAAAAUUGUCAUUGAAGCUGGGGCUGUCCCCAUUUUUAUAGAACUGCUUAACUCAGACUUUGAGGAUGUACAAGAACAGGCGGUAUGGGCACUGGGAAACAUAGCUGGAGACAGUUCCGUUUGCCGAGAUUACGUCUUGAACUGUUCCAUCCUUAAUCCUUUGUUAACGCUCCUUACCAAGUCCACACGAUUGACAAUGACACGGAAUGCAGUCUGGGCCCUGUCAAACCUCUGCCGAGGGAAGAACCCACCCCCGGAAUUUGCAAAGGUCUCCCCUUGUUUGCCUGUGCUGUCUCGCCUACUCUUUAGCAGUGAUUCAGACUUACUGGCAGAUGCUUGCUGGGCUCUUUCUUAUCUGUCUGAUGGUCCCAAUGAGAAGAUCCAGGCAGUUAUAGACUCUGGAGUUUGCCGGAGAUUGGUAGAGCUACUAAUGCACAAUGAUUACAAAGUGGCUUCUCCAGCCCUGAGAGCUGUGGGUAAUAUCGUCACUGGGGAUGACAUCCAGACACAGGUCAUUCUUAACUGUUCAGCCCUCCCUUGCCUCCUCCACUUGCUGAGCAGCCCUAAGGAGUCAAUCCGAAAAGAAGCUUGCUGGACUAUUUCAAACAUCACUGCAGGCAACAGGGCUCAAAUACAGGCUGUCAUAGAUGCAAAUAUCUUCCCCGUGUUGAUUGAAAUCCUUCAGAAAGCAGAGUUCCGUACAAGGAAAGAAGCAGCCUGGGCCAUCACCAAUGCUACUUCAGGUGGAACCCCUGAACAGAUCAGAUACCUGGUCUCACUUGGCUGCAUCAAACCCCUGUGUGACUUACUGACUGUGAUGGAUUCAAAGAUUGUGCAAGUGGCCCUCAAUGGACUGGAGAACAUCCUUCGGCUUGGAGAGCAAGAGGGCAAGCGCAGUGGCUCAGGGGUUAAUCCCUAUUGUGGCCUCAUCGAGGAAGCCUAUGGAUUGGAUAAAAUCGAAUUUCUCCAGAGCCAUGAGAACCAGGAAAUCUACCAGAAGGCCUUUGACCUCAUUGAGCACUACUUUGGUGUAGAAGAUGAUGAUAGUAGCCUGGCUCCCCAAGUGGAUGAAACGCAACAACAGUUCAUCUUCCAGCAGCCUGAGGCCCCCAUGGAGGGCUUCCAGCUAUAAUGUCUGCCUCUGGGGAGGGGAGGGGAUGGAACGCACCACCAGCCAGCAGAAAAAGCAGCCCUCUGGUGGGAGGGAAACCAGACCCCCCCCCAUCAUCAGCCACCACACACCUCUGCUGCCCUGGAGACUGCUCUUUGACCUGCUCCACCCCCUUCCCUGGAGGGAGCACCCUCUGGACAGAAAGAACCAUUUGAGGCUCACAUUGGGGAUAUGUGACAAGAAGGGGACAUGUUGGGUUUUUCUUCCUUACACUAUAUUUUGGCUGCACAUAUGUCUUUAACCCAAGAGCCCAGGGGGUAGACAAAGGAGGACUGAGGCAAUCAAUUUUGCACCUUUUUUAUUUUAUUUUAUUUUUUUCUUUGGUAACUUCCUUCCCUUUUUAUCUUCCUUCAUCCUUCCCAGUCCUCUGCCCUGAUCUAUGUUAACUCUUUAUCUUGGGUACUGGAGCAGAUGGAAUAUUCCAGAGGUUGGGGGAGGGCUAGGGAAGGGGAAAUCUAAAACAAAGUGUUCUUGCUCUGACAGAAUAUUAACCUUGUAUGCUUGGAUUGAGUUAUUUAAUUUUUUUUUCCUUUUGCACAUUCUUCUUGUAUUAAGAUAGCUCUUUCCAAGAGCCUUGAGUUCCUGGUUUUAGGAAUCCCAGCUGCCAGCAUUGUCUGGGACUAGAGGCUGAGGGGGAGGUUACCAAGAGACAAAGGCCCCUCCCUCCCUCCCUUUAACCCUUGCCCAGACCUCUUUAGUUUUGGGAGAUCACCCUCACUCUCCUGCGGGAAUUACACCAGUGGGAAUGGAGGGGAGGAACACAGGCCUUCAGACAGGGCUUCCUAUGUGUUGCUACUGAUCCCAUGUUUCCUUCCCACCUUCCAAUGGUGCGACCCAACUUCAUUUGUUUACUUGAAAAUUUCCCUCGGAGUUAAACUUCUGAGGUAGCUGUAUUUUCUCCUAAGCAUGAGACAGGGAGCUGAAUCCUUUCUCCUGGGGAGAAAGCCCUUGGGCUCUAGUAAUCCUUAAAUUACAGAGGAGGUUGGAAUGAGAGUGUCAUGUAUUGGGAUAGCCAAGGGUCCCUGCCUUUGACCUUCCUUCAUCCUCCUCUUCCAUAGUUGGAUCAUGUAUCAUGUAUAUUUUAUUUCCAAAGGAGAGAAUGUCAAAAAAAAUUCUGUAUUUUUUUAUAUUCUAUAUAUUAGGUAGGUCAGUCUUAAUUGGUCUCAAGAGGAAGAACUGUAAUUUCUAUAAGUAGGAUACUGUGAGGAAGAACAAAAAGAGAUGUAGAAUCUUCCUUGCUCAGAAAGCCUGAGCUUGGUCUUUUUCUUCUCUGCUUGUUCCGGGCUACCACCUGGGACCAACCCUUCUCUCUGGAACCUUUAUACAGCAGACCAGCCUGCUCUGAUUGUCCCAGUACCUGAAGGGAGCAAGGAUGGUACCAGAGCCUGGUGAAAUCUCCCACCCUAGUUCUUACCGCUGAGUAUCCUGUUUAUAUCAGGAAACCAGAAAGUAGUCUGCCUUCUCAGAGUCUCAAAGACCUUUUUAUCUUUAAUUUAUCAUAUAUGGCUGUCUCUACUAUUAUCACAGAAAUUUAGCAGCCUCCAUACUUUUGAGUGUUAUUGAUAUCUUCCCAGUUCAAAAUCCUUACACCUGGUUUGGAUUUUACCCUUCUUUGUGACAGUUAUAAUCGUAAUACCUUUUCUUUCUCUUUGAGUAAAGCUAGUGCAGUGCCUUAGUGGCUUGCCUAUGCUUGUGUGGAUUGCACAUGAUAGUGAUAAUAAAGCCCGGUUUGGGAAGAAAGGGUGAAGAAAGUUGUCAGAUAAGUGUAAACCAGUUGUGGAGCUGAAGACAUAAUAGUCUUCCUUGCCCCUCCCACUCUAUUGUGUUCUGUCAGAGUGUCCUGCUCCAAUCUGUACUUCUUUCUCAAAAGCAAUGGCAGUCUUGCUUCCAUUACUACAUAUACCCUCUGGCUCAGGUAAAAUCCAUGCUUCUCUGUGUACAGAUCUAAAGUUCAGGUGCUCACUGUUGGCCGCUGGUCUUGAUUUUGCCCUCUCCUAGUGUUGAAAUCCAACUCUAGAACUCCUUUUUUAGGAAGGUGAUACAGAGCUAGUGGUUAUCACUGAAAAGUCACCAAUGCUGUAUCACCUCAAUUAGUUGGAUAGCACUCUUUAGUUUUGGAAUGAUCUAGCUGCCUCCAGUCUCCCAGGCAGAGUACUACUUUCACCUCACCUACUGACUUCAUUCCAAAACUGCUCCCUUAUGGUUCAAAGAAGAGCCCACCCCCAUUCCCCAGUAUCCCAGGAUACAGGGCGGGGCACUUUAGUAGGAUCUACCUUGUGCAUCUCAAGCAAUACUUAAGUUUCUGACAUUGGGGCUAAAUUGUUGCUGUGAGACUUACAUAUCCUUGCUUCUCCAGCUGUUCUUCCAAAAAUCUACCUUUGCUUUCUAUCUCUACUGGAUAGAAAACGUUUGAUCAACUGGCUGGCUGCUACUUAAAAUGCAUUUUUUCUUCAAGGACUUCAAAGUCUUAAGUCUCCCAGAGCACAACAUGAGAACAGAUUUCAGGAAGGGGGGGGUGAUACCUAUGAGCUUUCCUUUGUUUUAAUACCAUUUUCUAACUCCCACUCACUCACUGAAAUUCUUCCAGACAACAAAAGUAGAUACAUCAUCAUCUGUGUCUUUCUCUCCUUUGGCCAUCCUGGAAAACGACAUAAUCUCCAUAUAAAGCUCAGACUUGACAAGUCUUCAUAGGUCCCAUCCAGGCCAAUUUGGACUCCUGGCCUUGACCAGGGUAAUGCCAAAGCUUUCUGAUAAAUUUAUGAGUAGAGGCUGCAGGGAUGAUGAAGGCAUUCCCCAGUCUACUUUAGAGAAUAGCCUAACAUGUUUUUGAAGCUUCUAGCAGCAGUAACCAGGUGUGGCUGUAAUAGGCAAGGAGCCCGUUUUCUUAAAAGUGUUCAAAGAAUGUUUUGAACAGUGCCACCUAUUUAUUGCCAACUGCUCUGGGCAUUCCAAACCUAAAUCAUCAUCUUCCAUAGGUCUGGUUGUAAAACCUGCCUUUAGUUCCUACAUGUCCCCAGAGGCUGCAGCCUUCUGACCCAGCUGGCCAUCCUGGUUACUUGAGGCAGUGGGUAUAAAUGACCUUUACAAGGAACAGGCGUUGAUGACCUCAGCUCUCAGGGACCCUUAGUGUUCCCCCUUACCUAGCUCUUAGAUCUGUUUCUACUCUUAUGGAAACCACCUUCCAGGAUUUUUUCUUUCCUUUUUUUUUGUUUUUGUUUUGUUAGUUUAACUGCACAGAUAAUAGCUGCUACAGUGCUUAGUUGGAAGAAGGCUUUUAGGCACAGGCUUUCUAUUUCUCAAGCUAAACCAGUGAAGAAUGAAAACAAGCAGGAUGAACUGGAUUCCCAUAGUCUCAUGUUUCUACCUGCCUUUGCCCUACAUCCUUAUCCUAGAGUGUCUAGUAAACUACAGGGAAAGAGAUGGAAGUCUAGCAAUACUUUCCUUCUCAUCUCACAUAGGCCUUUCUCUGAAGGCCUCAGCUAGCUAGUUCAUCUUUUCUCCCCUAGAGAGAACAUGGUACCCACCAUCUUGAGUAUUCAGAUUUAUCUUGUAAGCUCAAAUUUGUAUUCUCAGUUGAAGUCAAGGAGCUACUGGGUUGUAAGAAAAGUCAUGAUGCAAAAAAAAAGUGCCUUGGCUUUUCUGCCAACUCAGUAGAUUCUUAAGGGGCUCUAUAGGGAGAACAGACUGGCUGGGGUACUCAGGAAUAUGUGUGCCUGACUGCUUGCCUGGCAGGCUGGGGAGAGAUAUGACUCGGUGCAAUGAUCCAUAGAAAUUGUUUAUAACCGAUAGCAACAUCUUCAACUUGGACUACCCUGGUAGAGUAAUGAAUGUGAGACUGAGAGAUUGCUUGGAGUAGGUUUCUUCUACAGCUGUUUGAGGAUUGCACAUUAUAGACCAAUUUUGUUCAGUAUUUUUUCUGUGUCUUUCAGAUUCAUUUGCUAAGUCGAACCAAUUUUGUUCAGUAUUUUUUCUGUGUCUUUCAGAUUCUUUUGCUAAGUCGAUUACGCUGAGAGUUUGGCCCUAAGGAGAACCAGGUAGUAGAUACCCACUGCUCUUUGGCCAAGGCCUUCAUAAAUGAUUCAGUCAUCCCAUUGUCCAACUCCUAGUGCUACCCCCAGAUCACGGCAAGGGAAGAAUUUGAGAUCAAUACCAACCAAGUCUGUGCUGUUACUUUUUUCCUCUGAGAGGACAUUUUGCAUCAGGUCUGUGCUAUGUGUAGAACCAAAAGUGGGUGGGAGAAUUAGAAGUGACAGCAUUAAAUUUUGGGCCCAGAACUCUGGGAAAAAGGUUUCUGAAUAGUAUGUUACAAAAGUCUUCAGAGGUUUGGGGCCUACUUCACUAUUUCUGGGCCAUUCUGACUGCUCAUGUCCAUAUUAGCAUAUACAUGAACCUCUCUGCUAAAUACUAGCCAUGCUUUCCUAUGUAAGCUAGAUUUUCAAUCUAUGGGUUUGAGAAUAGAAACUUUUCCUGGGACUGCAGAGAGCAGUGAAGGAAGUCAAAAGUUUAGCUCCUAAGAACUGGUUGGAAGCCUCUGACUCAUUCAUGUCCUUGGAGUCUAACUCUGAGAACUCUCAAGACUCUGGAGUUGGGUGUUGAUUUUUUUUACCAGUUUUUGUUGGUACUACCUUUAAUUGGACAACUAAGGGAAUCAAGGAGUCUUAGGUUCUCAGCUACAGACCUGAGGAAGGUGAAUCAAAUUCUUUUCCUUACUGAUUUUUCUUUUCUAGUUAAUUUUAAGUUUUUCAAAAACUAAACUAGCUAUUUUCGAUGUUCUCAGGGCCCCUGGGUAGACAGACACAAAGUUUGAUUUCAGAGCAGAUAUAGGCCAAGAAACAGUGGCAUUGAGUGUGCUGAUCCAGACAAAUGAUAUUUAUAUACACAUCCAAUUUAAAGAGAAAGUGUUAUUUCUUUAGGUUUUAAACACUGUAAUAGAUAAUAAAGCAAAAAAUAAAAACCUGUUGCAAAGUUCUAAAU